AUGCCGGGCAAACCGACACUAGGUCAACACUUGGUGGCAGCAAAAUUUGCUUCUCUAAAGGGCUUUCUCAUCUCUUCUGAUGAGGACGACUACUCGGAUGAGGAGCUCGACACGUCGACACAACAGAAACAAAAACACAUAUGGGUGGAUGAUGAUGAUGAUGAGGAGGAGGGUGAGGAGGAGGCGGAGGUGGAAGAAGAAGAGCCGGAGCGGGGUAGCUGUGACAAGAAUAAGAGGUCAUCUGUUGCAAACAAGGGCAGUAGUAGUGAAAUGAAAAGGCUACGGCAUCAACAACGAAGGGGGUCACAGCAGCCACCAUCGUCACCACCUUGUCAGAGGCCUUUCAAAUCGAAGAUAAAAGACAUUGCCAAGAAGAUGCCAUCGAGAGAGGUGAUGACUUCUAGUGAUGGGGAAGAGGAGGCAGUUGACAUCGACUCUUUAGGGGAGAAAAUGGAAAUCGAGGAAGAGGCUAAAUGCCUACAGAGACCUGCUAAACAGGGUAGCAAGGUGAAGGCAUCGACUGGAAAACGCAGCCUUAAGGAACAGCAAAUGAUAACCCGACCGACUUUAAAGAAAGAUGAAGUCGCUCGUACGUUUAUUUGGUUGUAUAAGCUAUAA